UUAAAAUUUAAAAAAAAAAAAAAUAAAUAAAAGAGAAUCACCGUUGGUCAGAGCAAAGCGAAUAGAUUCAGGUAGAAACAUGAGCGAUUCCUCCGUAACGGAAGCGGCGAAGACUGGCGGCGGAGGAGGAGGAGGAGGAUCGGAGGCGUCUCGCAUCGGAGAGGUCAAGCAAUGGCUGGCUCAUGAGUUUGGCCAAGCAGGAAAGGAAGUUCCACAAUUCCAAUACACACCUCGAUCCAUCGCUUAUUUACACAACCUUGCUACUCUCUCCCAAGCCAAGACCCAAGCUUCCAAGAUCCUGGCCUCCGAUUUUCGUCUCAAAGCCUCCGAGUAUCGCUCCCAAGCGGCGAGAAUCAGGGAGAUUUUGGAAAAUGUGGGUUUGGCACAGGAGGGUAUGGCUUCAAACGUUGUUGGGUCGGUUCAGGUUCUUGCAAAUGUGGCUAAUUUAUUGAAUAUUAGGGAUACUGAGUUAAGCAGUUUUCUUGUAGCAAUGGGAGAUCUUUCUUUGAGGAAAACUAGUGUGGAGGAAAAGAGGGUUAAAGUGGAGAAAGAGUCCAAGAUUUUACUUGAUUUUACGCGAAAAGCUAUAGCGAGAUUGACGUAUUUGAAGAGAACGCUUGCGCAAUUAGAAGAUGAUGUAGCACCUUGUGAGGCUCAAAUGGAGAAUUGGAAGACAAAUUUGGCUGUUAUGGCUGCCAAGGAGAGACAAUAUUUGCAACAGAGUUCCAACUACAAGGCUAUGCUAAAUCGUGUGGGCUACCUCCCAGAGAUAAGCCAUGGGGUAUUGGUUGAAACAGCAGAACAUAGGAAGGAGUUGGAGAAGAAAACAAAGCCCAUCCUUGAUACUUUGAGAAGUUAUCAGGACUUGCCUCCGGAUAAGGCUCUUGCUGCUUUAGCAAUUGAAGACAAGAAAAGACAGUAUGCGGCGGCUGAGAAGUAUCUUGAAGAUGUAUUGCAAUCAGCUCUUGCACCAUCCGAGUAAUACAUAUAUUUGUAAAUAACUCAUUCAAUGAUUUCCUCUUUGUUCUUACUAAUAUGUUUUGUUUUAGUAAAGGGUGAUUUAUGUGCCUGAUAUGAUGGUUUUGCUUGAGGGUCAUAUUAUAGUUACAUAUUUCAUUGCUAAAGAACACUCUCUUGCUCCA